AUGCAAAACAAAGAGGCGAUACACGAGGUUGAUAAACGAUUUGCUCGGUGGCUUUUGGAUUGUAAAAUUCCAUUUAAUGCUGUGAUGUCGCCAUAUUUCCAAGAUAUGUUGGAUGGUGUUGCUGGUAUUGGACCUGGUUACAAGGGGCCUUCUUAUGAUAAGUUAAGGGUUCAUUUGUUGGCUGAUCUUAAAAGAGAAAGUCAAAUGCUAGUUGAUGGUUAUAGGAGUGCAUGGAAGGAAACUGGAUAUACCCUCAUGGCUGAUGGUUGGACAGAUCAAAGACAAAGAACGUUAAUCAAUUUCUUGGUGAUUGAAUGGAUUGUCCCAAAUAAUAUUGUGCAUGUUGUGACUGACAAUGCGGCCAAUUAUGUUGCUGCUGGUAGGCUUAUCAAUAGAAAAUAUGAUAAUAUCUAUUGGUCACCAUGUGCUGCUCAUUGCCUUAAUCUUAUUUUAAAAGAUAUAAGCAGCAUGGCGCAUAUUUCUAACCUUGCAACUCGUGCUUCAAAGAUCACAGUAUUUGUGUACAAUCAUACGGUUUUCUUAUCUUGGCUAAGACAAAGACCUCAUUGGAGAGAAAUUGUACGUCCUGGUACAACCCGGUUUGCAACUGUGUUUAUUACAUUGAAGAGCAUCUUUGACCGUAAAAAGGAGUUGCAACAAUUGGUUGUAGAUUCAAUUUUCACUGAUCACAAAUUAGGAAGGAGUGCUACUGGUAGAGCUAUGAGUGCUAUUAUUCUGGAUGCCAAAUUUUGGGACGAUUGCUUUACUGUAUGUAAACUUAUGGGCCCUCUGAUUUACUUGCUGAGGGUUAUUGAUGCUGAUGACCCCCCAUCUUUGGGAUAUGUUUAUGAAGGAAUGCUAAGGACAGAAGAUGCAAUUAAGGAGAUGUUUAGGCAAUCCAAGACUGCAUAUCAGCCGUACACAGAUAUUAUCAACUCAAGAUGGGACAAGCAUUUGAAGAAAGAUCUUCAUGCGGCAGCUUACUUCCUGAAUCCUAAAUUCUUUUUUAAUGAAAAUUAUAAAGAAGCACCUGAUGUUAUGCGAGGUUUGCUUGAUCUUGUUACCUUGUAUUGCAAGUGUAACAAUUUGGAUUCAGUUCAGGCAAUGAAAGAAAUACAUUUAUAUAGAGAUCGGAAGGAAAGUUUUGAUAGACAAGAAGUUAUUCCAGCUGCAUCUGAACUUAAGCCUGAGGUUGUAGAGAAAGAGCCUGAUCUUCCUAGUAAUGUGGAUGACUUAUUGCGUGAAAUUGAUGCUGAUUUAUAUCAAAGUGGCGGUGGUAGUAGUGGUUUUUAUGCUGCAUCGAUAUCUCUUUCUUUUGCUGAUCAAGGUGGGAAUGAAGGUGAAGAUCAUCCCACCGAAGCAGAUUUGGAACAAGUUCUUGCGGAUUUUGAUAAUUGA